GUACGUGUCUACAAAGUUUGAUAGACUAAAUAAAUCAAACAACAAAGAUCGUUUUCAAUUUAAUAAAUUUCAUAACAAAGAUGUCCGUUUCCUUGACCAGUAUCUAGACAGUUGUCUCUAUUAUUUUUCAAUCACUAAUAAAAUUUAUAAUAAAAAUUGUGUAUUUAUCAAACAUAGGAACCUUUGAUUACAGAUCAUUAUUAUGCACAAAAAGCAGAACAUCUUCUGCUAACAAAAUCUUUAGCCAAAAAUUUAAAUUAAUAUCAAUCAAUAUCCAAUUUUAUUGUACAACUUUAUUAAAAAAAAAAAAAAAAAAAAAAAAAAAAAAAAAAAAAAAAAAAGCCUCAAAUAUUUCUUGCAAAGUUUGACAAUGAAUGAACCAUUUCUCCCUCAAGAUGAAAGGAUGUCUCAAGAUACAAGCUCGCCUCGAGCCAGGCAACCAUUCCCUUCCGCCUACAUUGAUCGCGGUUCACCAAGGUCGUCGCAAUCUCUAAGAUCGCUUCUUCUAAGCAAUGAUGCAAUCCAUCCCCUCCUCGGAGCUCCACGAGCUAACUCCAUCAGAAGAAAAUUAUUGGAACGCCAAUCUACUGCUAGGCUUCUGAAAGAUGACAGCACAUUUCCGUGUCCUCCGCCUAUUACAAGUCCCCUAGACAAAGAUCUUAUUAUCAACUUCGACAGGUCAUGUUCUGCUCCUCCUCUUUUCACUGAUGAGAAAGGACUUAUUCCACUCGACUCCUUCGAUCACAGGCAUCGAACAAAGAAGGCUCCACGGAUCCUGCAGCUCGCUUUGGUUGGGUUGAUGCUGUAUAUAACUGUUGGGGUGACGGUAUUCACUUUAACCCACGACACGUUUAAAGGUCAUAGAACAGAUAAUAAGCUGGUUGAUGCCUUGUAUUUUACAGUAGUAACUUUGUCUACCAUAGGAUAUGGUGACAUAAUACCGGCUUCUAAUUUUACUAAGCUCUUCACAUGUAUCUUCAUCCUAGUCGGGUUUGGGUUUAUUGAUGUUCUGCUGAAUGGUUUAGUCACGUAUGUGCUCGAAUCACAGGAGGAAGUUCUCCUCGACGAUACCAAGUUUAAUAAGAUUAUAAGAGAUUAUGUGAUUGACAAAGCAAAAGGUAGAAUGAGGAUAAGGAUUAAGGUUUGCUUGGCUUUGGGUGCUGUUUUUGUUUUCCUUACUAUUGGGACGUUUACAGUGCAUGUCUUCGAAAAGUUGAAUUGGGUAGACAGUUUUUAUCUGUCUGUAACAUCUGUUACAACAGUCGGUUAUGGAGACCAUGCCUUUAAGACUGUAGGAGGGAGAUGCUUCGCGAUUAUCUGGCUACUCGCAAGUACAUUGGCAGUUGCUAAGGCGUUCUUGUAUCUGACUGAGUAUAGGCUCGAGAAGAGGAAUAGAAGGAUGGCGAAAGAUGUUCUUAAGAAAAGAAUGACUCUCGGAGACCUGAUGGAGGCUGAUAUAGACCAUGAUGGAAGUAUCAGUAAAUCUGAGUAUGUAAUAUUCAAGCUUAAAGAGAUGGGGAAAAUAACAGACAGCGAUGUAGAAGAGAUCUGCAAGCAAUUUAAUGCUCUGGAUUACACCCACAGCCGAAGAAUUGCAAUCACUGAUCUCGCAGGAGGUGAUUCAGUAUCAAGCUCUGAAGAUGAACAUGGUGAGGGAAGCCAUGGCAAAACAUGAAAAUUCUUCCUGCUUUUAGGCCUCGUCUCACUUUCUCAUUUGGGGUUAAUAGCACUAGCAUGCAUUUCCAAUGGCACGAGGAUUGUGUAAUACAUGAAAUUGUUGCUGGGUGAGGUUUAGUAUCGUGAGUCGUGAGAGAUGAUGAAGGGAUUGUUUCCUGAUCAAGUGAUUUUCACGAUUUUGUUCCGUCAGUGAAGAAAAACUGUUUGUUAAUAUAUGAUGCAAUACAAUACUUACUCCUCAAAACUUCAGACUUCAGUGCAAUAGCAGAAGUAAAUGUAAUUGAGCAUUUUAUGUUGCAGUAAACUGUGCUUACUGUAAUAAUUAUCACUCAAA